UAUGACCUUGAGAUAGAAAUAGCAGAAUUGGAAAUUUAAGUAUUUGAUUAAUACAAAAGACCCUAGUAAUAUAGGAAAUAAAUCAUCAUUAACAAAAUAAAGAGAUAUUAUAGUAACGAUUGAAUAAGAGUAUACAGACACAUUAUAAUUUCUAUUGAUAUUUGAUGAAAUAAGUUAAAAUAGAGGUAGGUUUAUCAAUUUCUUAAAUGAAAUCAUGAUUUAUAUUUUCAUAAUUUAUAUGCAAGCAUACAAAAGAUGA